AUGUAUAGUGAAUUCACUAAAGGUCUAUAUAUUUUCUUUUUAGAAAUCAAUACAUGUACAGUGCCUCCGGUGCCAAUUGACGCUUUUAGAGCAUCUGCGGCGGUUACAAAGUUAAUUCUUGCGACUGUUUCAAUUAUUCAAUCCCUGGUGUGGCUAAACCACACUAUAUAUAAUGUUUUUGAUAAUGUAACUGCUGCAAAUGCUCUAAAAGCGUCAAUUGACACUGGAGGCACUGUACCUGGGCUGAGACGAAGAGAAAAAAAUGAGGCGUCAGGUACCUGUCCGGACUAUACAAUUAAAUGUAGACAGUAUCCAUUACAGAUUAAAUAUCCCAACCUGUCAACCAAGCGAUUCAAAGGAGCACAGGCCACAUUGGUGGCAGCCGAAAUCAUCCCUGAAAAUACCAGGCCGAAAAAAGAAUAA